AUGCGACCACAGGGGCAAAUGGUGCCUUACCAAAGGCAACAACGAUAUAACCAGCAAAAUCAGCAGCAUGCUUAUCAACAACCUCCACAACAACAGAUUGUGAGACAUGAAGAUGGGUUUGCUAAACUUGAGAGAAUGAUGCAACAAGUGAUUGGGUCCACUGGAAAACUAGCUGACAGAGUAGACUCACAUGAGCCAGCGAUAAAGAAUAUUGAGAUCCAAUUAGGACAGAUUUCCAUGGCCCUAAAUAAUCGUCCUCAUGGGAUUACCAUUGAGAUAGAUGAUUCAGCAGGGUUAACUCAGGUGACGGUACAGAAUGCGCAGGAGAACACCAACAAAGAAGAAAAGGUUUUGAAAGAGAUUGAGGCUGCGCCGGAACCGACAGAGGAAGUAGUGCCUGAACAAGAAAAAAAUCAGAUCACAGGGAAGAAGCGACUUCCAGCACCAUUCCACGGAGAUUGGCCAAAUGAUGAAGGACUUGUGUCCCAUAAGUUCGACUUUCAAGACUUGGCCACGGUUACACUAACUCAGACCUACAAUGCUGUUGUGACGAGACCCAUAGCUGAGAAGCUGUCUGACCCAGGGAGUUUCACAAUCCCUUGCACAAUAGGCAGCUUUGCAUUUGCUAAGGCACUAUGUGAUCUGGGAGCAAGCAUAAACCUUAUGCACCUAGCUAUCUACAAAAGGCUAGGCAUUGGAAGAGCUAGACCCACGUUUAUGCUACUACAGCUGGCUGACCGAACAAUCAAGAGGCCCUCUGGGAUUUUAGAUGAUGUAUUGGUACAGGUUGGGAAGUUUGUGUUCCCAGCAGAUUUUGUCAUCCUUGACUAUCGGGUUGACGGGAAAAUUCUCAUAAUUUUGAGAAGACCAUUCUUGGCCACUGGGAGAGCCUUAACUGAUUGUGAAACUGGAGAGCUCAAGAUGAGAUUAAAUGAUGAAGAGAUAACAUUCAACAAAAAUAAACAAGUAAUGAGCAUUUAUAAGGGAGGGGCUGUAAGUGUCUGGCCUAACCCCGAAGCAUCACUACAUCGUUUAUGA